AUGCCACGCCUGCGAGGGACCAAAUAUUUGACCUGCUUUUAUUGCGGCAAGCGAUCAAAUACUAAAUAUGACGGCAUCACACGCCAGUUUCUAUGCCUGUCAUGCGAUGCGACAAACUACCUCGAUCAUAAUGGAGAGAUUACGGAUCCCCCAGUAGCUACCGAGCGUGAAGCUCCUGCAACCUUAUACGCCAAUCCUCGACCAUCCUCUCCCUCACUUCCCCAAGACAGCAUCUUCUGCACAACAUGUCUCAAGAAUCAACGACUUUUCACCUCAUCCCUGGCACAGUACUUGCCCGACGACCCAAACCAUCCGGAAUAUGCCGAGCUCGAGCGCAACUACUACCGGUAUCGAAAGGGGUUGGAGGAGCGAUACCCUCAAUGGUACUCUUUCCAGGGACUGAUCGUCUUCUUCCGAUUCCUAUUCCGUCGGGUCCUUGAAAUGGAUGGAGGUCAUGGGCAGUCACGCAACGCCCAACUUAGUGCGCACCUGGUCAUGUCGGUCGUGAUGAUCAUGAUAUACUCAUCUGCGAAGAGAUCUAUCAAAGUCGACACGACGCCCCUUUUCGGCAACAGCUCUGACACUGCAUUUUCGCCAAAACAGCCCAAACUCACUCGAGUGAAGAGGGAAGAGCCAAAGACAUUUUCCGAUCUGCUGAACGAAGCACUCGACUCACCUACGCUGACUCCUCAGACGGGCCGCUCACAGCCAUCGCCGUCUAUCAGCUCAUUCUCACCGCGACCAUAUGUACCCAGCAGUCCACUACGCCCCCAAGAAAGUCCCUUCAAUCGAUUUAACAGUCUAAAUGUAACCCCGCAAAGGGUACAGGAAGUCGGAGGCUCAGACGAGAUGGAUUGGACCCCUACCGAGUCUCAUAUUAAGCCACAGUCGCAAUACCGAGCCUUUCAAGAUUCGCCAGCCUUGAAUAGACCUAGAAGAGCUUUUGGCGAGUCACCAUUGAACGACCAAAGUCCAUUCUGGUAUAAAGUUCCUGCUGCUCCAACGACCCCAUCUCAUCGUUUACGAAACCCACCGAAUGCGCCUAUUAUAAGGAGCAAGCCCGUAGAGCAGGAGAGCAUUUUCUUCCGUGGUGCCGCUAGGAAGAGGGACGAAAGUGAGAAAGAGGAACGUGAAGUUUCUUUCAAACCACCUAGCUUCUUCGCGCCCCAGGAAAGUCAUGAUGAGGCGAGCGGGCUGGCGGAUCUUUUAAGUCAGAGCUUCAGUCUAGGUCAAGAGCAUAGUGAGCCUGGCCAAGGAUCAGGAGCACGCUCGUCCAGUGCUCAUGGCCCCGGUACUGUCCAAUUUGAGAAACUCGGGGUCGAGUUUAUGAUUGUCGCUGUUUUGCUUGUUCUUUGGGGUCUGACCGUUGCGUUCCCGAUGCCUUUUGGUCGGGAGGUGCAACUUGCUCUGCUGUCUGCAACAGGAAUAAUCGCUCUACGAGUAACAGGUGAAGCAGGCCAAGAACCAAGAGAUAGUAGAGCUCCUAGCGCAGCGACAUACGUGAGCUCCGGAUUAAGUGUGUUCGAGCUUGCAGCAGUAUGCUGGCUUGGCUGGGAGACAUGGAAGGGAAACACAGAAGGUGGCAAAUAUGGCGUGGGAGUUUUGACAGCCAUGCUGGGUCAUCAGGUUUGGAGUAGUUCGAUCUGA